AUGACCGACGCACUGCUGCCCGCAGCCCCCAAGGCGUUGGAGAAGGAAAGCGACGGCUACUUUCGGAAGGGUUGUAAUCCCCUUGCUCAAACUGGUCGGAGUAAACUGCAGAAUAAAAGGGCUGCCUUGAACCAGCAGAUCCUGAAAGCUAUUCGGAUGAGAACUGGAGCGGAAAACCUUCUGAAAGCAGCCACGAACCAUAAAGUGCGGGAACAAGUGCGCCUGGAGCUGAGCUUUGUGAACUCUGACCUGCAGAUGCUCAAGGAGGAGCUGGAGGGGCUCAACAUCUCGGUGGGAGUCUAUCAGAGCACAGAGGAUGCAUUCAUGAUUCCCCUGAUACCUCUUGGCCUGAAGGAAACUAAAGAAGUUGACUUUUCCGUUGUUCUCAAGGAUUUUAUCCUGGAACAUUACAGUGAAGAUAGUUAUUUAUAUGAAGAUGAAAUAGCUGAUCUUAUGGAUCUGAGACAAGCUUGUCGGACGCCCAGCCGGGAUGAGGCUGGCGUUGAACUGCUGAUGAGUUACUUUGUCCAGCUGGGUUUUGUGGAGAGUAGAUUCUUCCCACCCACAAGACAGAUGGGGAUCUUGUUUACAUGGUAUGACUCCCUAACUGGGGUUCCGGUCAGCCAACAGAACUUGCUCCUGGAGAAGGCCAGCAUUCUUUUUAACAUUGGAGCCCUCUACACACAAAUUGGGACUCGGUGCAAUCGGCAGACGCAAGCUGGGCUGGAGAGUACUGUGGAUGCCUUUCAGAGAGCUGCAGUGAAGCCUGGUGCAGAUGAGGACCACCAGGAGAAGUGCUUGUCCGAGCUCUACGACCACAUGCCUGAGGGACUGACACCCUUGGCCACACUGAAAAAUGAGCAUCAGCGCAGACAGUUGGGAAAAUCGCAUCUGCGCAAAGCCAUUGUCCAUCAUGAGGAGUCUAUGAGGGAGGCUGGGCUGUGCAUGAAGCUCCGCAACAUCGAGGUGCUCCAGGAGGUGCUCUCCGUGGCACACCAGCGCUCGAGGCUCAAGUAUUCUCAGCACCAAGAGGACGAUGAUCUGCUGGACUUAACUGAUGCUCCCAACAUUGUUUCUAAAACUGAGCAAGAAGUUGAAAUUAUACCACCACAGCUGUCCAAGGUGACAGUAACAGACUUCUUCCAGAAGCUGGGCCCCCUAUCUGUGUUUUCGGCUAACAAGAGAUGGACACCUCCUCGAAGUAUUCAUUUCAUCGCAGAAGAAGGGGACUUGGGGUUCACCUUGAGAGGAAACUCCCCAGUUCAAGUUCACUUCCUAGAUCCUUAUUGCUCAGCGGCACUGGCAGGAGCCAAGGAGGGAGAUUAUAUUGUUUCUAUUCAAGACGUGGGUUGCAAGUGGCUGACAGUGAGUGAGGUCAUGAAACUGUUGAAGAGCUUUGGUGACGACGACAUUGAGAUGAAGGUUGUGAGCUUGCUGGACUCCACGUCGUCCAUGCAUAGUAAGUGUGCCACAUACUCUGUGGGAAUGCAGAAAACUUACUCCAUGAUCUGUUUAGCCAUAGAAGAUGAGAAAAUCGAUAAAACCAAGAAAAUUUCAAAAAAGCUCUCUUUCUUGAGUUGGGGCACCAACAAGAACAGGCAGAAGUCUGCCAGCACCAUGUCCCUUCCGUCGGUCGGGGUCGUGAGGCCUAACGUCAAGAAGAAGCUGCCCUCUCCUUUCAGCCUUCUCAACACCGACAGUUCUUUGUACUAA